AUGGAAGGAUAUAUAGAAAUGACCCACGAUCUGAGAUUCAGGCUCAUACAACAGACUCACAUUGAGAAAGGUAGUGGUCAGUCUGGUGUAGGUUUGUGCUUAGUUACCAACUUAGGCCAGAGCCCUAAGUAUGCCCAGGAAUGUUGCCACACACACUCUCAGCAGAGCAACACAUCCUUUCUUGCAGAAUUGCCUGAACCUGAACCUGAACCUUACAAAGCAGGGUCAUUUGAAGAAUUGUCUGAACCAGACAACAGCUAUGAGGAUGUUCCUGAAGUUGAAACAGAAGCUGUACAGAAGCCUCAUGCAUGUACAGGAUCAAAAAAACGAUGGUCGAAAGAGGAGGAGAGUGCUCUACGGGAAGCCUUUGACAUUCAGAUAAAAAUGCAGAAAAACGUUUCAACAAUGGAGAUCAGGAAAGCACAGAAGUGUUAUCCUGUGUUGCAAGACAGAUCAGAAGCUGUUAUUCGGACAAAAAUAAACAACAUCAAAUUAGGAAAAUACAAAAAAAUAUGAACUGAAUUCAACCACUGCUAGAUAAGGGUAAUUUAAAAAAAAAUAAAGCCAUUGGUUUACAGUUGUAUGAUCAUGAACAUUUCUUGUGUCAGAAUGCCGAAAUUGAUGAGUGAAUUGGACUUUGCAAAGACAUGUGUUUUUGAAAUUAUAAAUGACUUUCACUGUUUAGUUUUCGCAGUGACCUUUGGAGGAAAUUGCUUUUCCAAUCAAUAACUGGAGAACCGUUGGGCCAAGCUUUGUGAAACUUAAUAGGAAGGUUUGUUUUUUUGUUGACCUCUAUUGUUUUUAGGUGACUAGGUCAAAGGUCAAAGUGACCUUGUAUGUUCAAACACUGUGAAAGAGUUGGGCCUAAGUUAAAGAAACAUAGUGUAGUUGGCUGUGACCAGUAGAUGGCACCUAUGAAUUUUCAGGUCACAGAAUAAGUUCAAGGUCAUAAGUGCAAUGUUGCAUAUAGAGAUAUUGUAUACUCUCAUUUUGCGACAAAUAUUGGCAUGGGGCAUCUGUGUUGUAUGGACAUAUUUCUAGUUCAUCAAGCGAGUUUGUAUUUGUACCUGCCAUGCACCGGCAUUGACUAAUGGAUCAGUCUGGGUGCAAGGUGUGCAGUCUGAUCUGGGUCACACUGUUUGCUAAUCACCAGUAAUUAUUGUAGAUCUCUUAUGAACAGCAUGGCCCAGUUUAGACUUUGAUCUCAAGAGCAGUUUGGUCUAAGUCAAUGCUGGUUGCUGAUGCAUGAUGGUUGCUUGUACAUCAGACCUUAUUUGUACCUGUUUAAACAUUAUUUUCUUACUUUUGUCAGUUUUUUUUUCAUUUGUUGUGUCAUUAUAUUUAAGGUCCAGAAGCACAGUUGUCAAUUACGUUGGAGCAGUAUUAGAGUCACUACAUUACUUAAACAUACUGACCUUUUUUAGCUAUUGUGAUCACUAGGUUGUCGAUAUUGUCUGCGCCAUCGUCAGCCACGGCGUGCAAACACUUUUAUGUAAGCCAUAACAUUUAUUAUCGCAAAUGGCAAGAGCUUUCAAAUGGCUAAUAUUUCAUUGAGUGUGACCUUCUUGGUGACCUUCAAAAAAAAGACAAGCAUUGGGGCAUUACGACUCUUGUUUCAUCAAAAAAAAAUAUUUGUUCAAGGUAACUACAAUUAGUCCUCUACAACUUUCACAUUUUAUUUAGUUCAACAGUUCUAUCACAUUUUACAAGUUUUACAUAUUUUUGAGAAAAAAAGUAAAGCUGUGCUACUGUGGACAUUCAUUGUUUUACUCUUUUUUAUUAUUAAUUAAUGAUCUUUAAGAUUG